AUGAAGGCUCUUGUUUUAACCCCCUGUACCCGGAGCACAUCCGUGGAAGACAUCCCUCGCCCCAUUCCAAAGUCUGGAGAGGUUCUCAUCAGGGUGAAAGCGAUAGCACUUAACCCAGUCGACCAAAUCUACGUCUCGACGCCCAUCGCUACCCAAGAAAAGCGGGUCAUAGGAACCGACUUUGCCGGCGUAGUCGUUGAAGUGAGCCCGGAACUUGGUGGGUCUUCGGACACUCGGGCUAAACCAGGAACGCGCGUUGCUGGGUUUCUCCAAGGAGCUUGUUCUGUAAAUGAUCGCCCGGGAGCUUUUGCCGAGUACAUCACCGCCCCUUACGACCUAACCUGGGCGAUCCCUCCUGGGAUGUCCUUGGAAGAGGCAUCGACCGUUAGUAUGUGCAGCCUAACGGCUGCUCAAGGCCUUUAUGCUCGCCUCGGCUUGCCGAAUCCUUUCUCAGAUUUGCAGGCAGAAAAUGAUCAUGCCAAGCCGAUUAAUGUCUUCAUUUAUGGCUCCUCGACAUCUGUGGGCCUCUACGCCGCGCAACUCGUUCACCUCUCGGCGCUAGCAUCUGGGACCGAGAUCCGGCUUAUCGGCGCGGCGAGUAGGUCCAAACACGACUUUCUACGACAAGAGCCUUACGGCUAUGAUGUUCUUGUCGACUACCACGCCGCCGACUGGGUUGAGCAAGUCAAGACUGCAACGGGGGGCAACGGGGUUGAUUUUGCCUUGGAUUGCAUCUCGGAAGGAGCAACCGUUUACGGAACCCACGAAACGCUGGCCACUGGGGCCAAGUUCGCCGUAUUUCGUGGCCCAGUUGGUGGGCGAUAUGACCCAUCCAAACUGAGGAUCAAGCCAAUCUACGGUGCCGUCUGGGAAGGACUGGGGGUUGAGAUCGGGUAUAACGGUACAGUAAUCCCAGCGAGUCAGGAGGCCCGUGAGUUUGCCCGGCAAUACUUUGACUUUCUGGCUGUGGGGACGUCUUCAGGACGAUCGAGAAUCGAGCCAAAUCCCGUGAGGAUUAUGCCUGGUGGUUUUGAGAGAGUUGUUCCAGACGGAUUUACUCUACUGGGGUCUGGGUCGGUGUCACAAAGAUCAAACGUCAAGGGCGGUGAGGAGCAUAUGGGUCCGAUUAGUGCUGAGAAGCUGGUUUACCGGGUGUGA